AUGCUGUUGUUGUCUUCUCUAGAGGAGAAGAUGCUGUUGGUCAGCGCCCUCCUGAGCCUCGCCGGGUGGGUGUCCCUCUACUUCGCCCUGUGCUGUGUCAAUGGGCGCCGCAGCUCCGAGUGGAACUGUCGCCUUGUCACCUUGUUGCACGGGAUCCUGGCCGUCUGCGUCACAGCGUACAUCGGCUAUGUGGAUGGACCAUGGCCCUUCACCCAUCCAGGUACAAAGAACACACCUCUACAGAUAAGCGCCCUGGUGCUGAGCCUGGGCUACUUCAUUUUCGACAUGGCCUGGUGCAUAUACUUCCGCACCGAGGGGGCCGUUAUGUUGGCCCACCACACCGUGAGCAUCUUGGGCAUCCUGCUGACCCUGUGGCUGGGGGAGUCGGGCAUCGAGGGCUGCGCCGUGCUCUUCGGCAGCGAGAUCACCAACCCCCUCCUGCAGGCGCGCUGGUUCCUCAAGCAGACUGGUCGACACGGGACGCCGCUGGCCGACACUGUGGACAUCCUGUUUGUGCUGCUCUUUGUGCUGAUGCGAGUCUUCGUGGGAGGCACAAUGCUGUACUGUGAGCUGAUCUCGCCGAGGCCCAGAUUCUUCAUCAAGUGCGGGGGAGUGGCCAUGUAUGUGCUUUCCUGGGUCUUCAUGGUGGACAUUGUUCGCUUUAUCAUCCGCAAGAGCAGGACUUGGCGCAAACGGCGGCAGGAGGCUGCUCGUGAAAAUGAAAGCAAAACGGACUGA